UCUCUCUCUCUCUCUCUCGUGUAUCAGUGAGAUGUGUUACUGCCAUCCGUAAAUGUGCUUAUCGUUGUUAGAUAACACGAGACUUAGAGAAGCUGCAGAAAAGCCGAGUAUACAUACUAGCGGCAUUAUGAAACCGUAACCUGUUGCCGCCCUCUAACGGUAUUUCUAGUGUUGCUAACGGAGAUAAAGAUAGAAAAUAGAGAAGAAAGAGUUAAAGUAAACUGAAUCUUCAUAAUUUCAGGACUUUUUAGUGUUGCUAACAGAAAAAAACAAUGAAUAAAGACCAACAAACUCAGAGUUCAUUAUUGUGUGUGUAGUGUUGUUAACAAAGAAAAUCGAAAAAAAGAGGAGACGAAGAAAACUUAGUCUUCAUAACUGAAGUGUUUCCAGUGUCCUUAACAGAGAAAACUUAGAAGAGAAGAACAAGGAGAGAUAAAAUAAACUCACCUCUCAUAAUGUCAGAAAAAAAUAGAGCAAGUUGAAUUUUCACGUGUGUUUCUAGAGUUGUUACUGGAAAAGGAAACUGAAAAGAAGAAAGAAAGAAGGAAAGAAAGAAACUGUUCAUAAUUUCAGGUGUUUCUAGUGUUAACGAGAAAAAGAAAAAAGAAAAAAAAAAGAUAAAGAUCAAACCCCGGCAGGAACAAAAGCAGCGGCGGUCAUUGUGUGAGCAUUACACAAACUUUACUUAACCCAAGCCGAGCAGGGGAAAGAAAUCUUGACGAACAAAUGAAAAACUUUACCGGAUAACUUGCUCGUUAACUCCUAAGUGAUAAGGCUUUCCCGACCUCUGAACCCUCCCUUCCUCCCACUUCAGGCCAGGGGCGCCCCGCCACCCAGAGGGACGCCAUGGACCCCGCCAAGAUUCUGCAGAUAAUCACCAACAGCACGUGGAUGGUGACGCGGCUGGUGGGGAGCGAUCCAGUGGAGUUCGAAGAGCAGAAGUACGUGGUGGAGGUCCCCGAGAACAGCGCCAAUGUGCCUCUCCUGCGCCUCACUGUCAAGCUAAACCCGCCUGGCAAAGCGGUGAAGUUCCGGAUCAAGUCAGGCAAUGAGGGCGGUUACUUCAGCUUGGAGGAGACCAGUGGCCGCCUCUCCCUCGCCCGCCCGCUCGACUAUGAGACCCAGACACAGCACGAGGUGGUGGUGGAGGCGCGGGCAGGGGCAGGGAGGAGCGAGGCGAGGGUCGUGGUGGUCGUGAGGGAUGUGAACGACCACACCCCAGCCUUCCCCAGGUCGUCCCUCCUCAUGCAGCUCACGGAGGGGGACGGUCGCCACUUCCCCAAGACUAUUCUGAAGACGAAGGCAACAGACGGUGACAAGGGGAAGUUUGGUCACCUUUCUUACAGUCUCUCUGGGGAUGGCGUGCAUUUCCUACCCUCCUCCUCCUCCUCCUCCUCCUCCUCCUACAACGCCUCAUCCACUCCGAGCUUCGCAAUCGAUUCCUCCACCGGUGAUGUGCUGCUGCUGAAGCCCCUAGACCGCGAUCCUCCUGACGGGCGUGCAGUGUGGCGCCUGUGGGUGACAGCCUCAGACGGAGAGCUACAGGCGUCCAUGAGCAUCACCAUCAACCUGAAGGACGUAAACGACAACGCUCCGCACUUCCCGGAGAGUCGCGUCACGGUUGCCAUUCCUGAGGACGCCCCGCUGGGCACGUCCGUUGUCCAAAUGACCGCUGUUGACCUGGACGACCCCUUAGAAGGCCGCAACGCCCGCCUCACCUACUCCCUGGAGAGGAACGUGGUGGAGGCGGCAUCAGGGAGCCCCAUCUUCGCCGUGGACCACCAGCAGGGUCUCGUGACAACCGCCGUCUGCUGCCUGGACCGCGAGAAGACUCAGAAGUACAUUUUGCACGUGCUGGCGACGGAUGGCGGGGGUCUCAAAGGGACCAGCACGGUAGAGGUGGAAGUGAGUGACGUGAACGAUGAGCCUCCUCGUUUCUCCGUGGCCGAGUGGUUCCUGGACGUGAGGGAAGGCCACCCGCCCGGCCAGGUCCUCGCCUCCCUCACCGUCAUCGACCCAGACACUUGUAAUGACUUCGCGUUCAGGCUGGUGCCUGGCAGUGGACACGGGUGGCAGCUUUUCAGAGUGGAGGCGCAGCGUGAGGGGACAGCUGAGAAGUAUAGAGCAAGAAAGGAGGACACUGCUGGCGCAAGAGGGAUGGUGGGUGGACAAAGUGAAGCUAGCGGCGUCACUUCUGAGGAGUCUCCCGUGAGUGAAGGAAACGGGCGAGAAGGGAAGGGAACCGCAAGGGUGGAGCUUAGGGCGGUACGAGAGCUGGACUAUGAGAACGCAGACCACAGGCGAGGCUUCAGGUUUCGUCUGCAGGUGACCGACAAGGGCGCGGCGGGGUGGCAGGAAAGGCGGCGUGUGGGCAGUGCCUGGGUCAACAUCAACCUGGUAGAUAGUAACGACAACACGCCUGUACUGCGGGAGAAGCACGCCCGCCGCACCGUGCCCGAGGACGCUGCCCCCGGCACUCUCCUGGCCUCCUUCACGGCAACGGACGCAGACGGGGCAGGUCAUGGGAUCAUCCACUUUACCAUCGCUCCUGACAGCGAUCCAGACAUCUUGUUCAGUGUGGAUGCGGCUGGGGAGGUCCGGGUGGCGGGCCACCUGGACAGGGAGAAGAGCCCCACCCACACUCUCCUCGUGUGGGCGACGGACGAUGGUGUUCCACCCCGGACCGCCACAGCUACCCUUGCAGUAACCGUGACAGACGUGAACGACAAUCCUCCUUUUCUGAGCGAGCCCAAAGGUGGCGUGGAGGUGGAAGAAAACGGAGAACCUCAGAUGGUGACGAAGAUCAGACUCGGCGACCCGGACGACUGGGAUUUGGGUCACGGGCCGCCCUUCAGCCUCUUCCUCGACCCCAGAGCCCCAGAGCACGUGUCCUCUGUUGUCAGGGUGGAGUUUGAUCCCAAGGCGGAAGACGGCAGGGGCAUUGGCGUGGUGUGGGUUCGCGGCUCACUGGACAGGGAGGAAAGGAGAGCCCUGCUAGUGCCCGUGGUGGUGGGUGACGGCGCCCCGCAGCCCUGCACCGCCACCCUCACCUUGACUCUCAACGUGGGCGACCAGAAUGACAACCCGUUGACUCCCGCCGCCAAGACUGUCACAGCGCAUGUCCUCAAGGAGGGAGAAGGGAGUGAGAAGGUGCCCCUAGGGAGGAUAUACGUGAAGGAUCCUGACGAAGGCGCCGAAAAGAGGAUCUACGCUUGGAGGAGCGCCCCGCCCUUGCCCGGCUUCUCCCUACAGCAAGACACUGGUCACCUGCACAUGUCCAACGCUGUUCCCCCGGGCAGUUAUCACCUGCAGUUCGAGGUCAGCGCCCCAAGCCAGGGUCAGUUCGGUGUGGGUGCCAAUGUGAGUGUGCAGGUGGAUCACGUCAGCCUGGAGGACCUCACAAGUGCCGUGCCCCUCACUGUUCCGGCGCCUUCGACCCAAGUUGCAGGAACACCCGUUCUACUCAGACUGGUGGAGGCAGCGCAGACCUUUCUGGGCCUACCGAAGGGCGGGGUGCGAGCUGUCACCAUCCAGGCGGGAGGGGAAGGCGUUGACUCGUCGCCUGUCACCCAUGUGUGGCUGGUGGGUCCCGACGCGGCCGUCCUGUACCAUACACUGCUGCACCGCCGGGAGGAGCUGAGUCAUCUUUUGGGUGUGGACGUGGUGGAGGUAGGCGUGGGGGAGUGCGGAGGUGAGGCUGAGAACGCCACAUCCACCACGGCAGCCCCACUGGAGUCUUGUGAGGCGGGGCGUGAGGGUUACUCCGUGGUGGAUGCAGAGUCGACGGCCGUGGUGGGUCCCAGAAUGAGGUUUGGAUGUGGGUGUCGGUGCGGGGGCAGGUGUGACCGGUGUGCCACUAGACCCCCGCCGCCCACCCACACCUGCACGUCCCGCACCUGUCUGAACGGCGGCCGCUGCUUUCCUACUUCAGAGGGAGUAAGGUGCGCGUGUCCACUGCACACCGCCUCCCCCACCUGCAAGGUUCUCAUGCGCCACUUCCAAGGGGACGAGUCUAUCGGCAGCUGGACGUGGGUGGCCUCCAUCCCGCCCUGCCCUGAGGUCCACAUCUCACUGGAGGUACUCACCACUUCGCAGAACGCCACCCUGCUCUAUUCAGGCCCUGACCAUCUGGGCCUGGCCGAACCCCCGCCCCCCGGCAGUGCAUCAAGGGAAGUGCUGCUGCUAGAGCUGAGGUGUGGCCGGCCCUUCCUCAUGCUGGAUCUGGGUGGCGGUCCUGUCACCCUCGCUCUCACCGCUUCCUACUCCCUAGCAGACUCCACCUGGCAUAGACUAGACGUCAUUUGGAAGGAUGAACUGGUGGAGAUGGUAGUGGACUUGUGUUCUGGCAGCAGCAUACACGGUGCCUCCAUGAAGGUGACAGACGACCCCACCACCAGACCGCCGCCGCCCGUGCCCCCUGACGCGCACACUUGUCGCGGUGCCGCCAGACUCCCGCCCACUGCCCGCACACUCAACUACCAACGGCCCCUGCAGGUGGGAGGCAUGGCCCAUCCCGCGCCCUCACACGAUACCUAUGGCUGGCCGGAACCUAUCAGAGCGCUGCCACUGAAAGGUUGUGUCAGGAACCUACGAGUGAAUGGAGAGCUUAGGGACCUCGGUGCGGGUGUCCUCAGUAGUGGCAGUGUCCCUGGGUGUGCUGCUGCCGAAUGCCCCGCGAACAGCCCUUACUGUGGAACCUACGGCAGGUGUCAGAUGGAGGCGGGCACGGCGAGGUGUGAGUGUGAGUCCGGGUGGGCUGGAGCAGACUGUUCAACGCCCACCACUGCAUCCACCUUCCACCUCCACAGUUUUGUCCGGCUCGCCCUGUCCUUCUCGCCGCUCGGCUACACUACGUCCAUCAGCCUCAGGUUCAGAACACGUAAGGCGGACGGGGACUUAGUGGUGUUGUCUUCCGAGGGUGGCGGCGAUCGGUUUGGGCUGCAGCUGGCGGGUGGGCGAGCCUGUGUGUUGUUACAGCUGCAUCCUGCCCCGCCCCGGACGCUAUGUCUGGCCCACGUGCAGCUGACAGACGGGCGGUGGCACAGACUGCACGCUGCCAGGUACGGGUCAGCCACUUUCGUGAUGGCUGACGACGGUGACGGGGACCUGUACAACGCCUCGGUGUCUCUGAAGGGUCGACAACUCCUGGAGGUGGACCACGAAGCCGGGGUGCUCAUCGGUGGAGUGUCGAGACAAGUGGACAGCGGCACUUCUGCUUCCCAACGAGACUUCCACGACGGGUGUCUCGAUGACGUGAGAAUAUCCAGCCGGCCGGUGCCUCUUCCCCCUGCGCUGAACAGAACGGCGUGGGCCCGUGUGGACGAAGCGAGAGGCGUAGGUGUAGAUUGCGAAGCCCCACCUGCGUGUGGCAAUGUUACCUGUCGCUCUCCGCUUACUUGUGUCGACACCUGGAGGUCUUAUCAUUGCGGGUGCGGCGAGGGACGAGUCAUGGAGGAAGGCAGCAAUCUGUGCCAAGCCCUGGACCAGUGUGACCACCGUCCAUGUCUGCACGGCGGCACGUGUAUAGCCGCUAACACAGGAUUCACAUGCAGUUGCUUGUCUGGGUACGGCGGGCGGUUCUGUCAGCUGCAGGGUCCGGGCGCCGCCUCGCUCAAACUGUCCUUGGCUGGCCUCGUCGCAGUGCUAGUGUGGUGCACGCUGUUGCUAUUGCUGGUCUGCGCCGUACUCCUCCAUCAACACCAUCGCCGUUCAGCCCUGCGCAGGGGGGCGGGGGACGGUAAGGAGUCCACCACGCCCGGUGAGACCAAGGGGCAUGUAUCUCCAUCACCCUCUGACUGCCACCCUCCUUACCUCCUGGAACUCCGCCUCCUAGCUCCCCCGAGAGGCAACAGACCAGCCUCGUGGAGCACCAACCCGAACAUAGCAGACGUGGAUGUAUUACAAGUGGACGCAGCCUCUGUCACCAGUAGCUUAGAGGAGAGAACACAGCAGCAGCAGCAGCAGGAAAUCCUCACACAUCCCACGAAUCCUACGAACACCACGAACCCUUCCCAGGCCUCUCUCAGUAACCCCAGUAGCGCGGUGCCGUCAGAGGAAGGGGAACCAGCAGCGGAGAAACAAGAGGUGGAACGGAGUGGCUGUGACGACCUGAGGAAUUAUGCUUACGAAGGAGGCGGCUCAUCUCCUGGCUCCUUGUCCUCGUGCUUGGAGAGUUGCAGCGGUAAUACCAAAUUUCUGGGAGGCUUCCGUGAGGUGGCCCACAUGCUAGAGUCCUGACAAGCGAUCGGGUCACACGCCUCGACUGGGAAGGUUCAGAUGUCUCUUCCGGACGCUGUGCAGAAGUCAGGUGCCGGGGCGGGGGAAGAGGGGGUGAGCCUGGCCGCCCCUUCCACAGUGUCCCUGCUCGUCCCUGAGUGUGCAGUGCCGUCCCUCACCAGCCAAGUCAACGGGGAUUAGCCGGACCUUUUGUUGCUGCCUCUUGGAAUACGUCUGUUUCAUCAUUGCCUUAAUGUUUCCUUCUUACGUAUAAGAAGUCUCUAAUCUGGCAGAUUCCAGAGCAUCGUCGCCUUUGCUUGACUUUUUUUCGACAGGAGCGUAUUCGUUGAAUAAUUGCGUUAGGAUGUGAGUAAAAUUUGCACAAUAUUCUCAAAUGCUUCGGUGCCUCAACUCUACUACUUUCAAAAGGCUCUACAAUGGAUGAAAUUACACAUGUUUUCAAAGGAAUUUGUGCGGUUUUAGUGAUAUAUCUACAAGAAUUGUGCGUUCAUAAUUAACCAAAGAAAACUAAAGAACUCGGCUAAUUAUCUCUAUGACCUUUGAAAGUAGUCGUGAAGAGAAAGCAGAGUGUUUCGGAAUACUGGUCAGUUGUGAGUGUUGGGUCAAACAUGGCGGCAGCUGAGAGUGAGCAGGGAUGACUAGCAACUAUUUCAUUGAGGCCUUUGCAGACUCAGUACUGCUUUCAUUCUUACGUAACAUGGGUAAUUUGAUUAAUUACAGGGACGAAGCUCAUUUUACUGCAGUAAUAUUUAAUUUGGAUGUAUUUUGGAUUUAGAGUUAUUCAGGCAUCCCAGAGGUUCUUGCGCCAGUGUUCUUCGUCUCCAUCCAGUGUCGCAUUGUGACAGGACUUUCCUUCGUUCGUGCUGUUGCGUGUUGCUGUUUACUCGUGGUGUGAGGGUUUCCCUUGAAGCUUGAUGUCAUGGCUCAUUGUUCUGGAAUCUACUGGGAGGGAACGUCUGCAUAUUUUACACAAUUCAUUUCGACCGUGGCAUUCCGUUUAAUCAUACAGGGAUAAAGUUUUCAUUUACAUUGCAAAAACACCAAAUACUUAAGCUGAUCAUCAUUAUCUAUCAGUCUCGAUUGAGAAGUCAAUGCCGGACAAAUAGGUACCAAAUUUAUGAUGUGGGAAAGCAACACAUCACAUAUUUCAAACAUGGAAUGAAUAGAAAAAUUCUGCUGUGACGAGACAGGGUGACGUGUGCGCCACUGACAAGGCUGCUCCUGAAAAUAUAACAUCAGGAAAUUAACUUUGCUGAGAAUACACACACAUACACACACACACACACACACACACACACACACACACACACACACACACACACAC